AUGCAAAAGACCACUCUUAAUUAUUCAAGUGCAGGUAAUGAAGUUCAUUAAUAUUUUGAACAUAGAUUUACUAUAGAAGUAAUCCUAAUGUGAUAAUAUUAAAUUUGGAAUUUCUAUUGACAAAGAAAACUCAUAUGCUGUAUUGUAAAAGAAGAAGUAGCUUUAAAAUAGGGAAAUUAGCAAUCAAUAUUAAUAAAAAUCAGAUUUUAGAUCGAAUAGUGGAAUGCAAAAAUCAUCAUCACUAUAAUAAUUUUAUAGAGCAGCAUCUGCAAAUGAUAAAAAUUCUUAUUAAAAUUAGAAAAAUACAUAUGCAUAUUUAAAAGAUAUGAAAAAUUAAUCAUAUAUUUCAUAGCUUUAAUAGAGUAGUUAUUAAUAGCGCCACAUUUCAUCUAAAUUAAUUAAAGAGUAAAAUGGAAAGUUAACUGAAUAAGUAUCAAAUUAUUAAUUGAAAUUAAAUACGGUUGAAAAUUAAGAAGAAAAGAAGUUUAGUUUAAAAUAGAUAUAAAAGUGUUUAGAGAAAUAAAAAAAUGUAAAAUUCAAGGAUUUACCAGAAUUUAGUAAUCAAUAAUUUUUGGAUAUUAAAACAGAGAGAAAUUAAUAAAAAUAAUAAGGUUUAUUAGCUAAAUAUUUUCCUAUUUAAGGAAAUGAAUAAAAUAAUGAUAAAAUUAUAGAUGAAAAGAAAUUAACAAAGGAUGUAAAAUAAAUAUAUAAUCUUUAUACAUAAAUUAAAGAUAUUAAAAAUUAUUACACAAAUUCACUUAAAUAAACUUAAGAAAAAAAAGCAAUAUAACUUAAGGAUUUUGUAACAUAAAUAAAUGGAAAUAAUGUGAAGAGUUAAUAAAAAUAAUUUAUAAAUAGUAUCUUGAUUAAAUCAGAUAGAUUAUAAUAAUCAAAUGAAAUAAAAUAGACUCACUUUAAUAAAAUGAGUGAGACAUAACAAAGUGAGCCUGUAAAUUAAUUAUAAUAUUUAGUUCUUAUAUUAUAUAUCUUCUGUAAUAUAAUCAUUAAGAAAAUAGGAAUCAAAUAAAAAUGAUGAUAGAAUAAGGGAUCAUUUUUAAUAGACAUUCUAGGUAAAAUUAAAGAAAUAUAUGAAAGGGAUUAUUAUUUGCAAAUAAAUUAAAUUUAAGUUUUGAUGAGGAUAAGAUUGUGAAUUUGCCAAGAGCUAAUAAUUUAAAAACAAUUGUAUUUGAUUUAGAUGAAACUUUAAUUCAUUGUAAUGAAAAUGCAUAAGUAAUUGGUGAUGUUAUACUUCCAAUUACAUUUUAAAAUGGAGAAAUAGUUCAAGCUUCAAUAAAUAUUCGACCUUAUGCAUAGAAAGUGUUAUAAACACUCUCUAAACAUUUUGAAAUAAUUAUUUUUACUGCAUCACAUUCAAAUUAUGCAAAUAUUGUGAUUGAUUAUUUAGAUCCAAAAAAAUAAUGGAUUUCUCAUAGACUUUAUAGAGAAAAUUGUAUAUAGACACCUGAAGGGGCUUAUGUUAAAGAUUUAAGGUAAAUGAUAUAUAUUUUUAGAGUAUUAGGAAAUCGGAAAUUAUCGAAUGUACUUUUGAUAGAUAAUGCAUCUUAUUCAUUUGGAUAAUAGAUUGAAAAUGGAGUACCAAUAAUAUCAUUUUAUGAUAAUUAUGAUGAUGAGGAACUUUUGCAUUUGGAAAAUUAUUUAUUAAGUUUUAGAUAUUUAAAGGAUAUGAGAGAUUUAAAUUAAAGAAUGCUAAAAUUAAAUUAAUUUAUAAAUUAUUCAGAUAUUAAAGAAUUAUUAUAAAGUUUAUUUGCUAUGUACAUUUGA